CUCUCACCUUCCACCCCGCAAGUCUACAUAUGAUUUUCCGAUCAGAUGGAAGGAACCAAACAGAGAUAAACUAUCCAAAUCAUUUUUAGGGUUAAAGCUUGCUUACCACCACUUACAUAGAAGGAGUUUACAAUCUAAGGAGUAACAUACAUCUAAUCCCCGGUGACUGUUACUGGCUCAAAAUGCUGUUUACACUGGGACUUCUCCUCCUCCUUACCCCAUUUCCCUCUCUUCAAGCCACAACAAAUCAGAAGAAAAACUCCACAGGAAAUGACUUGACUAAAACCAAUGUCACUUUAAUCAUUUUGAAAACGAAAACCAGCUCUGCUGGUCCCACAAAACCAAAUGGGCGCCCCACCCUAAAGACAAACCAUAUAAAUCAGAUAGUUUUACCCACUCCUCUCCCCAACCAAAAACCUCCAACAAUAAACACCACAGCAAGUGCCAGAAGCAAGCCCAACCAAGUCGUAAACCCCACCACUAUGUCCAUUUCGUCAAAGGCAUCCACAGCUAGUAUAUCUGUGGUCAAGAAAGAUAAGCACACGGUGUCAGUAAACCAGACAGGCUUAGCUAAAUCCACACCAGCCAGUGAUGUGAAGUUUACGAAGACCAAUCAUGGACCCACUGAAAUUGCAAAUGGUCAGUCAGUAUCAGCAAUGUCUUCAUCAGUCAACCGAGCUAAUACCACUAAAGAUAAAAUCAAACUUUCUGUCAAUCAGACAUCAUCUGAGAAAUCUCCUUCAACCACCAAUGGGAAGUUUGCCAAAGUCAAGCCAACCCCCAGCAUAGUUCUAAAUACCCAGUCAAUGUCCACAAAGUCAGCCGGUAGCAGUAAAACCUCCAAGAAGAAGCUGACUGCCUCUGUCAAUGAGACAGUUGCUACGGAAUCUCCCUCUACCGGUGAAAUGAAGAACUCCAAAGACAUGCCAGCCCCUAUAGUACGGACUGAUACGACAGCUAACAGUUCUGCAGUUGUCAAAAAUAGGUCCACGGCCUCUGUCAAUCAGACGGCUGUGGGAAAAUCUCUGUCUACUGUUGAUACAAAGAACUCAAAAGACAAGCCUGCAUCUACUGCCCAGGCUGCUCUCUCAACCCCAACGAAAACUACAACAUCCAGUAAUUCUGUAUCUGUCAAAGAAAAGGCCACAACUUAUACAAACCACACUGGAGAUCUCAAAUUUCCCACUGCCGAUGAUAUACAGAACUCUAGAGUAAAACCAACCAACAUGGCUCAGACUGAUGCAUCCAUCUCUGCAAAGGCCUCAGCAGAUCAGGCCUCGCUCAUUAAAAAUUCCGGCAGCAACAAAGUAAAGACUGCUCCUGCACAGCCUAUUAAGGUGGUAGUUGCUAAUGACUGCGAGCCCAGCCAAACCACAGAGCAUGAAGUAAGCUUAAAACCUGGUGCUCCCUUGGUCAUGACACAUAAGAUCAGUUUAAUGCCUGGUGGCUGUGCCGGUGGAUGUGAUUCAGAGAUGGCAGGGUUGAAAAUCCGCUUGGCCCGUCUGGAGAGGGAGAUGACCUCUCUAAAAGAGAAAUGUCCAUGUUCUGCAAAUUGUCCAAAUGAUUGUAGUGGCAAUGGGAAAUGUCAGAAGGGAAAAUGCGUCUGCCAGGGAGGAUUUCUGGGUCCAGACUGCAGUGAUUGUGCCCAAGGAGCUGAGUGUAAUAAAAAAAAAUUCAAGGGGACAAUUAAGAUAAAAAUGGACACAGUAUCCCAGAAGGUGAACAAAGACAGCAGCACUAUCAAAGAAAAAAACCAAGAAAGAACCAGCACAUCAGAGCACCUGGAGAAGAAGGAGGAAAAGAAGGGAACUGAUACCAAAGAGGCUGACACUAAAUCAAAGUUAGCAGCUACAGCUAAAAUAGAUCUUAUAAAAGCACAAGUCAACCUGGAUGCUUAUGGGAAGAAAAUUAUCAUAAAGGGUAACACAAAGAUAUCCAGUCCAACUGUUGGCCAGGCGUUGUUGAAGCAUGGAGGAAGAAAGCAUGAAGAAGCUCGAACUGCAGCCAACACAGCACUCAUGGAUCCUAAAAAGACUGAUCUCACAUUUGUAAAGGAAGGAACCAUAGUUAAAUCCUAUUCUAAAUCUGACCAACUAAAAGAUGAACCUCAAAGUAACACAACCCAGAUUGUUGUUUCAACGACAACAAUAAAGUCAAAUGGGACAGGUAAAAUUGCAAAAAUGCUUACCAGGAUUAUGGCCGCCAACAAAACCAGAAUUGGAAAAGACGCCAUGGAGCAAUCAACAGUAUUUGAAAAUAAUUCUACUCAACAUUCAGGGCCCAAACUGAUUAAAAAGGUCAAAGUAGACACUUUAUCUGAGAACUUGAGUGAUAGAAAGACUGGACAGGGCAGACAUACUACAACUAAUGCUAGCAAAACAGAAAAAGGGAAGGAGGCUGCAACAGUGCACUCUGUUGAUGGUAAGACCGGUACAGGGAGUGUUACCAUAACUGUGCAGACUGCUGAUGGUAAGACUGAGAGACAAAGUACAACAUUCCACUCUGUUGAUAACAGAAACACAGAUACUAGCAGGAUCGGAAAAGGAAGCGCUACCAUCACAGUGCACUCUAUUGAUGGUAAGACUGGAAAAAGCAGACACACUACACCUUUGCCCUCUGUUGAUGGGAAGACUGCUAAAGGUAAGGAUACAACUGUGUCUUCUGCUGAUGGCAUUAAUGGGCAGGGAAGAAAUGCAAGUGGUCAAUCUGUGGAUGCAAAGACUGAGAAAGGGAGAUUUACCAUAACUGUGCACUCUGUUAAAAGUAAGACUGGAAAAGGUAGAAACAUCAUCACUGCAAAAACUGGUGAUGGCAAGACAGAACAAAGCAAACAUACUACAACUUUGCAUUCUGUUGAUGACAGAAACACAAAUGUGAGCAAGACUGGACAGGGUAGAGAUACAGCGAUGCAUUCUGUUGAUGCCACAACUGGGAAAGAAAAAGCUACUAUGACUAUUCACUCUGUUGACGGAAAAAUGGAGCCAGGCCGACAAACUACAACAAUGACAGAUGCUGUGAAAACAGGAAAAGCGAGAGAUACCAUAACUUCUUAUUCUGUUGACAGUAAGACUGGUGAAAGGAUCCGUUAUACAACUGUGAACUCUGUUGACAACAGAAAAACAGAUGCUAGCAAAAUUGGAAAGGGGAGAGACACCAUUACUGAACAGUCUGCUGAUAUUAAGACUGGACAUGGUACAUAUAUAGUAAUUUCACACUCUGUGGAUGACAAGACGGGACAAGGAAGAGAUGCCAUAAGUGUGCACUCUGUUGAUGGGACACACAUUAAGAGCGGUAAAGGGAGAGUCAAUCUAAAAAGUCAGUACAUUGUGAAUGCUACUGUUGUCGAUGAAAAUAGACAGAGCCAAACAACCGCCAAUGGUGGCUCUAUGGCAAGGACCAAAAGUACAGGGGGGUUAGGUUCAGUUAGGGUUAUGAACAUCUCGUCCCACAGCUUCAUCCUGACGUGGUCAGCACCACAAGGAAUGUUCAAGAACUUCACAGUAAUCAGAAGAGAGCCGCGAACUGAAGACAAUGAGAGGGACUAUGAGGAGUUUGAAGAGGAGGCUUUUGAGGGAGAUAGCCAAGCAGCAAAGAAUGCAAAAGAGGUCAAGGUGCACAAGGAGAUCACAACUUCUUCAGUUAAAGUUGGUGGAUCCAGAAGUAAAGCAGAAACUAAGAGAAUGUUAAUAGUGGUUCCUGGUAGUGUGCGGUCAGUUGAGUUCAGUAACCUUCGCGCUAGCACACGCUAUGUCCUGCACAUACAUGGUACUGCUGCUGACAGAAGAUCCAGUAUUCACAGAGUUAUUGCAGCUACAGGUCCUGAGGCAGCCACCGAUAUGGUAUUUACGAACAUAACAGAAACAUCACUCAUGGUGUCUUGGUCCAAACCCAAGACCGCCAUCACAGGCUACAAAGUCACAUACACCCACAUUGUAACAGGAGAAACACGUUCGGUUAGCUUGAACUCCCAGCAGACUCAUGUUGUUCUUUCCAAGUUGUCCGCUGGAUCAUCCUACAUAGUCACUGUAACCUCUACACAAGGCAAAGCCCAAAGUGAUGCUCUUCUGUCUAUUAUUACCACAGUGCCUGCACCUCCAACUUACCUACGAGCCAUCAACGUGACAGAUACCAGAGCAGUGUUGCAAUGGAGCCCCAGCUUGGGGAAGGUGGACCGCUUUAUCAUCAGCUAUGAGUCUUCUAAGACACCGAAUGUAACGGUGACAGUAAUGGUGUCUGGAAACUCAGUGGAGCACCAGCUGAGAGGCCUGCAAAGAGGCACCGUGUACACUGUCAAAGUUCUCAGCCAGAAGGACAGUCUGCAGAGCGCAGCGAUUACAACUUUAUUUACUACAGCUAAUGUGUUCAAAGCUAGUGAGGUGGAUGCCCGAUCUGCUCUGAUCACUUGGAAAAGUUCUACCAUAGUUUAUCACAGCUACAGACUGAUCUACCAGGUGGUAGGAGAGGUGGCAAAGGAGCUUCUCCUGGAGUCCACUAUCACAGAAUAUAAGUUGACAGGCCUGUUACCCAUGUCACGCUAUAUUGUUCUGGUACAAGGCGAGAGAGAUGGACAAUACACGUCCAUUGUCACCACUGAAUUCAUCACAGGAAAGCUGCGUUUCCCGUACCCUACGGAGUGCUCCCAGGAGUUGCUGAAUGGAGCUCUUCAGUCUGGGGAGGUGGACAUAUAUCCCCAGGGCAGGGAGGGACAGGUCGUGAGAGUCUACUGUGACAUGGAGACUGAUGGAGGCGGUUGGACGGUGUUUCAAAGAAGAAUGGGUGGAAAGACAGAUUUCUACAGAACCUGGAGUGAAUAUAGAGCCGGCUUUGGAAACCUCAGCGAAGAGUUCUGGCUCGGGAACGAGUUGCUGCACAACCUGAGCAGCAUCGGUCCAGUGAGUCUGAGGGUGGACCUGAGGUCGGGAAAUGACACUUCUUAUGCUCACUACGCCAACUUCUCCAUUGAUUCAGAGGAGAACAAUUAUGCCCUCAGCGUGUCGGGAUACACAGGAACAGCAGGUGAUUCCAUGAAGUACCAUAAUGGGCGUCCAUUCUCAACCUUGGACAAGGACCCUGAUUCUUUGGGGAUCCACUGUUCUCGGGCCUACAUGGGAGGCUGGUGGUAUAAAAACUGCUACAAAACCAACCUCAAUGGACUGUAUGGCAUCAACACUAACAAUCAGGGGGUGGUGUGGAUAGACUGGAAGGGUAAAGACUCCUCCAUUCCCUUCACCGAGAUGAAGUUCAGACCGUCCAGGUUCUCUCCUGCGACACACGGCUAAGGACAGUCCGACAAGAACAGAGAGGACUCUCUCCAAGUGUGUUCCGACUCAGCAGGGUCACGUCUGUCGUGAGCUCGAGAGAAACAUCCUUUUUUACCUUUCAUCCACUUCAACACAAUGUUGUUUUGACUCGUCUCACUGCUACUGUAAAUAUGCACUGUCUCGCUCCAUUGAAAUCAAUGUGGCUGAUGUGGACUGGUUUUGCAUUAAACACACCCAGUUUAGAAACAUAA